AAGUCAGCACAUAGGAGGAGAGAGAUCACACAGGGAAGAAAAGCAGUACAAAACUCCUCCUCCAUGUUUUAUCUGAGCGUCACUGCAGCUUUUAUCAGCUAAGUGUGUGUGUGCGUCUGCAUGUCUGUUAAUGAGUAUAACAGAGAGACAUACUGGACUGUUACACAAGGAAAGUGCUAAAGAUGGUUGAAGACUAAGACACAGAAACAGAGAUUUUGACUCUUGAUUCUGACUGGCUGAGUGAAAAGUAGCAAAAGAAGAUGAGAAGUCAAGAGAGAGUGAGGAAGAUGUUGGCCAGGAGCUGCAAGAAGAAUGGUCAACUUCGGCCGUCCCCCGUCCUCACUUCUUAUCAGAAGACGCCCACCAACAGGCCUGCAAGCAGCCCCUCUUUGAACAAUUUACUGGGGGAAAAAAUCAGGAACAAUCAGCUGCUUACAGUCACAUGUGGAGGUAUAAAAGGCGAGCUGUAUAAGGAGAGGUUCAACAACAGUGAGCCAUGCAUCCUCUCUCAAAGUCAGUGGUUCACCCCCUCGCAAUUUGAAAAGUUUGCAGGAAUGGAGAAACACAAGAAGUGGAAAACUAGCAUCCUUUAUCAACACCUUCCUCUACAAACCUUUAUACAGGAAGGCUUUCUUUCAUCUCCAUCAUUCAAACUGAGGAAGAUACAGGAUGCAGAGUGCAGGAGAGAGCUGUUCACACCCAGCGGGAGUACGAGACAUGUUACAGAGUCCAGCUCAGACUACAGCAGUAGUGAUGAUGACGGGGAUGAUGAAGAGUAUGCUGAUAUGACACAGUUCCAAGGUGAAACUUUUCCAGUCACGUGUUCUGCAGGGAGAGGAAUUCUACAUAAAAGUCGCUUUGCUACAGAGAGGUGUGGUAAAUGCAUCAGAACAGAGGAUUCCUGGCUGACCCCCCAGCAGUUCCUGAAUCUGAACAUGAAUGGUGGAAACUGGAGACGAGACAUCACUAGCCAUGGAGAGCCUCUGGGAACUCUGAUAAUGAAUAGGGUGUUAGAACCUCAUGCAGUCAACUGUGUGUGUUCCAGCUGCAGUGGAGAAAACCUGUUGGAUCAGAAAAAUGAUGACCAGUGCUUCAUCUGUAACUCUGAUGGUGACCUGGUGUGUUGUGAUGAAUGUCCACGAGCUUUUCAUCAUCACUGCCACAACCCGCCCCUACAGGACGACACACUGGGUGAUCAGUGGGUCUGUUCCUACUGCAUGUCAGCGAGAAACCGGAGCCAUGAACCAUCAGGAAUCCUUUAACACAGCCUGGACUGAUGCUCUGUAUACCAUACAUAUGCAUUCAUAUACAACCCUUCAUACAUUCACACAAACGUGCAGCAUUUAGGCAGAACUCAGUCCACAGUGAAACAAUAAAUCAUGGUAGUCUGGUUUUAGCACUAAUAGUAUGUUGGAAUAUUUUAUAUUUUGUGAUAUUUUGUGUACCUGUAAUGUGAAUCCAUGAUUGAAAAGUACUGAAUCAUUUCUUAAUAAACAGAAUAAGAUGUUUUGAUUGAUUAAAA